GGCCACGUCGCGCCCGCUUCUCGCCAUCUUCGCCGCUUCCUCUCAGGGGCCGCCGCCGCCUCCUGAGCCGCUGAGCCACGGGGCUGCCGCGCCGACCGCCGCCACCAUGAACAUCUUCCGGCUGACUGGGGACCUGUCCCACCUGGCGGCCAUCGUCAUCCUGCUGCUGAAGAUCUGGAAGACGCGAUCCUGCGCGGGUAUUUCUGGAAAAAGCCAGCUACUCUUUGCACUGGUCUUCACAACUCGUUACCUGGAUCUUUUUACUUCAUUUAUUUCAUUAUACAAUACAUCUAUGAAGCUCAUCUACAUUGCUUGUUCCUAUGCCACGGUGUACCUGAUCUACAUGAAAUUUAAGGCAACCUAUGAUGGAAAUCAUGAUACCUUCCGAGUGGAAUUUCUGGUGGUCCCUGUAGGAGGCCUCUCGUUUCUCGUCAAUCAUGAUUUCUCUCCUCUUGAGAUCUUGUGGACCUUCUCCAUCUACCUUGAAUCAGUGGCCAUCCUCCCUCAGCUCUUUAUGAUCAGUAAGACGGGAGAGGCAGAGACCAUCACCACCCACUACCUGUUCUUCCUGGGCCUCUACCGGGCUUUGUACCUUGUCAACUGGGUCUGGCGCUUCUAUUUUGAAGGCUUUUUUGACCUCAUUGCUGUGGUGGCUGGCGUUGUCCAGACCAUUCUAUACUGCGACUUCUUCUACCUGUACAUCACAAAAGUACUCAAGGGAAAGAAGCUCAGCCUGCCAGCGUAAGUGCCAAAGACCAGCAUCUGUCCCUCAGGGUGCUUGGACAGAAUUCUUACCACAGCAAAGGCACAAGAUGCUUGAUAUGGAAAAUCAGAAACUUCACUCUUUUGUUGCAGAUAGUCAUCGUGGCUCUGUAAGAACCCAGAGGAAAAGAACUGGAAGGUUUCUGUUUAAUGCAUCUUGCCUUAUCUUUUUUUAUUACUAUGUACAAAGAUUUUUUUACAUGAAGAAACUUAAUGCUGUAUUAAUAAAUUCAGUGUGUAGCUUCAAUUGGGGUAGUUCCAAAAGUGAAGUUUUUGUGAGGAAUAAGUGCAAACUUUUUUUUAAUUCUUUGAAAUUGUUGAUUCUUUGUGUCUACAAUGAAAUUGUACUCCUUGACAGUUGGUAGAUUAUAUACUCUUCCAUCUAUCAAACUUGCAUUCCACUAUAUUUAUUUUUUGCCAAAAGAUGGGUUAUAUUUGUUUGAAAUCUGAGACACUAUGUUCAGUUUGGUCUGUCUGUUCAAAUUACUUCCUACCUGAUAUGGAAACCCUUCAGGCAUCACAACACUACAUUUAAGGCUGGUAAGGAUGACUUACAAGUCUUAAGGUUUCAUUACCAAAAUGUUAAGAUUCUGAAUGUAGAUGGAGUCUCAUUUAAGAGUCACCAAAGGUGUCUGCCCUCCUCCCCUGCUAAGAAGCGUCAGUUUGAGACGUCCCAAGGGUGUUGAAGGGGCUCUGGGCUACUUGCUAUCUGAGUAUGAGAUGUGAGGAAGAUUAAUUAUUAUGUUGGAUCUGGGACUCGACUCUGAGGAUAGAGCACAGUAGUUACCUAUCACUUUAAUUUACAAUUUCAGAAGAUUGCCCAUGCUCAAAUUCAAACUUUUUCAUACCACUUUUGGGUGGUAAAAUGGUUUCCUUUUUUUUAAUUGGCAACACCACCAAUUGCCAUUCUUAUACUCUCACAUUUUUUGUUUUUUGGGUUGUUUUGGUUCUGUUUUUAUUGAUCUCUUGCAUGAUUUAUCUUGUUUUGCCAUCCUAAAUAAACAUUAAGUACAGAAUAAACUUUUUUUAAUGAGUCAGGCUUUUGAAACAUCCUAUGUCAGGAUGGUUUUUUGUUGUCAGUUGGCAACAAAAGCUCUGUGUAGGGCUGCAAACAUUUGUUGUCCACUUAAUAAUCUAAAACUGUCUGUAUUUUGUGGGGGAAUUGGAAUUUUUCCUUCUGAUUUUGCCAUUAUAUUCAUUUGCUGCAUUUUUUUUGAUUUAUGCAAAAGCAUGACUUUUUUAUGUGAUGCACCAUAAAUGUUAAAGUGUUGAAUACUAACAGUGCUUACUACAAAGCGGAUGUGGUAUUUCUGCUUUCUACAUUGAAAUAUCUUGUGGAGGAAGGGAGCUGGGUGGGUUUUAUUUUUAUCUAGUGUGUCUUAACAUCUUCCUAAAUUGGCAGUGUAACUGCAUAGUUUAAAAUCCUAUCUUUAUCUCUCAUUUUGCUUCCCCCCACCCUUGCCUCAUGUUUUUGCUUUUGUGUAUCAGAGUAUCUUUCUUUCCAGCAUUCUAGUCUUGCCUUUGGUUUCUGUUUUACCCUCCUUGAAACAUUAUGAGAGUGUGGAGGAAGGGUGGGAAAUCCCAUCAUAAGUGGAGCAGACUUCUUGCUGCCCGCACUUGGGGUGGGGGUGGGGCUCACAACUCUUUUUGUGCAUGUACAUCAAAUACAAGCGGGGACCAUUCAUUGGAGAGCACAAUGCAUAGAACAAGGAUCUUGGACCAGCAUGCCACCUGAUGUGUAAAGUAUCAAUGCCUUUUUAGUCAUUCUGCCCAUGAAAAAAUAAAAUUGGCUAAGAUGUUAACCAUUUUGCAGCCAACUAGGAUGACAUCUUAAAUGAAUAGGGUGCCUGAGUGGGAUUGCGGUACUGGGGCAGUGUCUUCGCACAUGCUGGAAACAAAGACCUUGUAUGAUGCGCCUUAUGAAGCACUGUUUCAGAGUUCCUUUCACUUCCUGAAUAAAGGUUAUCAGGUAAUUAA